UAGAAAUGAGGAAUCCAUUUCCGCUUACUUUGCAUUCAGUGAACGCUUCCGAUUUUCUGCAAUAAUCCUGGACGAAAAGUUGACGAUAUGGCCGAUGAUUUAAGUGUAAAGUAUCAAAAGCAUAAUGGUUUUGAAUCGGCAGAAGUGGGCUAUCAAAUGCAGGAUGGCCCAGAAUCGGAAGAAGUAGGUUAUCAAAUGCAAGAUGGUCCAGAGUCUGAAGAAGUGGGUUAUCAAAUGCAAGAUGGUCCUAUACCAGAAGAAGGAGGAGACGAAGAAGAAGAGGAGGAGGAUGAAGAGGAAUCUGAGGGAAGUGACGAAUAUGAUAAACUACCCUGGUGCACCGAAGGAAAAUUUAUCUUGUUAUACUUUAUAGCCGUCACAGUAGUUAUUAUUACAACCUUCGUUUAUGAAUACAUGGUCUUUUCUUUCUCGUUCCUUUCAGCGUUUCCUAUAGGGAUUAUUCUACUCUGGAUAUUUAAGAAGAUUUGGAGGCGUUUCCGACCAGAAAGACACCUUCUGUUGCUGUAAAAAAUAUAUAUCCCAGGAGCUUCCGAUGCAUGUUUGAAGUCUGGACUUCUUGAUGACAACCGCUGUUCGAAUGCCGUGCAUCGGGCGAAAUUCCCACUUUUAAUUAUUAACUUUUUUACUGUUAAAGGAUUUUUAUAUUGACCCGAUACAUUUUGUCAAAUGAAUAAAUUAUUUUUACGAUUUCCUUUUUGAA